CACAAGGCACCGCGACACUGCGCAUGCUCCUCCGCUCCGAGAUUUCUGCAAAGAAAAAGCACCAACUAGGGUAGAGAGAAACAUUGUAAUUCGUUCGUUUUUAGAAAUAUUUAGCAGUCAUUGUGUUCAAGAUUGGUGCUUGGAGCUCCAGGAUGUCUGUUCGCAGAGCCACUCACGCCGGUAGCUGGUACACUUCCUCAGUUCAAGACUUGAAUGACCAGCUGGAGGGGUGGCUUGCUGCUGCCCAACCAACGCUGUCUCCUGCGCGGGCCAUCAUAGCGCCUCAUGCAGGGUAUGCCUACUGUGGGGCUUGUGGGGCACAUGCUUAUCGACAAGUGGAUCCCAGGAACAUCAAGCGUGUGUUCAUCCUUGGACCAUCCCACCAUGUCCGUCUGAGUGGCUGUGCGGUGACGGCAACUCAAGUGUACCACACGCCUCUGUACGACCUCACCAUAGACACCGCAAUCAAUCAGGAGCUCUUGCAGACAGGGCAGUUUGAAGUGAUGGACAUCAACACAGAUGAGGAUGAGCACAGCAUUGAGAUGCACCUGCCGUAUGUGGCCAAAGUCAUGGAGAGUAAGAAGGGCCAGUUCACAGUGGUACCAGUGCUGGUAGGAGGGCUGUCUGUGGACCAGGAGGCCAAGUAUGGACGCCUCUUCAGCAAGUUCCUGGCCGACCCACAAAACCUCUUUGUUAUAUCCUCCGACUUUUGUCACUGGGGUCAACGUUUUAAAUACGUUUACUAUGACAGAUCUCAAGGCGAUAUCUACCAGUCUAUAGAAGCAUUAGAUAGAAUGGGCAUGGACAUAAUUGAGCACAUGAACCCUGCUGAGUUCACAUCCUACCUCAGGAAGUAUGAGAACACCAUCUGUGGACGCCACCCCAUUGCAGUGCUGCUAAAUGCUGUCAAGUACUUGAAGACUGCCAACAGCCACACCCUCUCUCUUCGGUUCCUGAACUACGCACAGUCCAGCCGCUGCCGCCGCAAGGAGGACAGCUCUGUUAGCUAUGCUGCUGCUGCUCUGGUAGUUCAUUGAUGAUCAUCAUAACCAUAGUCCUUUGUAACCACUUGGCCAGGGUUAAAGUAAACGUCUGUUGUUACAACAAAUGUAUGGGCUAGAGCACCCCAGUUUGAUAGUUGAAUCAGUUUGGAAGGUACUACUGUUUAGUUUAUUAUCAUAAUGGCUGUUCAUGUACAUGUAUAACUAUGUAUAAGGCCAUGUUGAUUUGAUUAUUAUGGAUGACAUCCUCUGGGAACUCUAAAACUGAUUUGAUCACAUGAAUGAAUAAAAAGUUUGGUCAAAUAAAAGAAAUUCCCUUCAGUAUGAAAUCUAAGUGAUCAGGAAGGUUGAACAAAGCAUUAAAUACACAAGUACCUGUGCGAAACCCGUUUUCUUCUUCUUGGACAGGUCCGGAAAAAAAAAAUCAGUAGAAUGGGUUUCGCUGAUGGGAAAAUGGACACACUAUAUCAGCAGGCACUUUGGGCCUUACUGGGCCAAGAAAAUAACGAAGUCCAGUAGAGUUUAUAGUCAUUUGUAAGUUUCUACAGUCAAAGGUACAGAGGCAGUUAGCCUUGAUUACAUGAAGAUAGGAUUUUUUAAAAUGCCAGUGGGAGUCGGCUAUUCUACCAAACAGAUUCCUUGACCUUUGAGUGUUGCCAAUUCACAAUUUUCACAAUCAGGUCCAGGUUCAGGCCCAGACCAGAUCUUCUGGACCUGUACCCAAAUUUUUUGUACCCACCCAUACCAACAAAAGAUUUUUCAUUUUUGUUUUUUCACAUCUUAUUCUUUUACUUUAUUUGUAUGAUUAUGAUUUACUGUAUGGUUGAAAACUUUUUUUUUUUGGAAACGGCAGAAAAUUCAUGCACAUGUGGAUGACAUCUAUACAAUCAAAUCAACAUGGCCUAACUUUAAGUAUUAAUAGUGCACGGUAUUGUUAUCACAGUUGUUUGAUUAACAAGAGAUUGGAGAAGGUACAUGUACAAUGUAGAAAGACUAUGUAUACACAUCUUAUUCGAUGUUAUUUGUAAAGUCCUAGUUGUCUCGGUAUCGGAUAGCUGUUUUUUUUUGUGUGAAAAUAUUCUCACAUCGGUAUGCUACCAUGUUCUGUCCUAAACUCUUCUGCUCUUCCAAAAUGUAUCCCACAAAAUCAGUCAGUGGGCAGGAAGCAGUUCAAAUGCUGUUUUAGCAGAUCUACCUUUUACAUCAUACAAGAUUCUCAUUGCAAGAAUGUUAUUGAAAGAAAGAAACACAAAAAAUGUUAUAUUAAGCUGAGACUUCACAACCAGAUUUAGCUAAUGUUGCUAAUAGGAGUUAAAAGACUUGUACAAUUGAUCGUAACAACUGUGUAGAGAGAUAUCAAGGGAACCAUUAAGAAUAAAACAACCCAGACUACUAGGCAACAUUUUUUGUACAAUCUGUGUCUUUGAUGGUUUGAAAUAAUAAUAUUAAUAACAAGUUCAUUAAGAUGUGUGAGAAGAGCACAAUUCAUGGAUGAUAUUCAGUGUGAAUGAUCUGGAGAAAAAAAACGGAAUAUUUCUCCAAAGCAUUUGUUGAAAGAUUGAAUGAACAUAACUUCAUUUUAUUAAACUUGUGGACAAAU